CGCGAGCCCGCCGCCGUCCUCGUCUCCGCUGCGCCGCCGCUCCGGCUGAGCCCUGGGGGCGGGGCUGUCGGGGAAAGUGCCAAAACCGCCGAGUGAAGUGAGAAUCCUACUAGAAAGGAAAUGGCCGCCUCUUCUUCAUCCUCCUCAGCUGGUGGAGUCAGUGGAAGUUCUGUCACUGGAUCUGGUUUCAGUGUCUCAGACCUCGCCCCACCCCGGAAAGCCCUUUUCACCUACCCCAAAGGAGCUGGGGAGAUGUUAGAAGAUGGCUCUGAGAGAUUCCUCUGUGAAUCUGUUUUCAGCUAUCAGGUGGCGUCUACACUGAAGCAGGUGAAACAUGAUCAGCAAGUUGCUCGGAUGGAAAAACUAGCUGGUUUGGUAGAAGAGCUGGAGGCAGAUGAGUGGCGGUUUAAACCCAUCGAGCAGCUGCUAGGGUUCACACCCUCUUCAUGUUGACCUGGCCUGGAUGGUCACCUCUGGUGUGCACAGCAAGUGCAGGGCCAGCGAGGGACUUUUCUUCCAUCUUACAUAGCCACCCAGAGAUUCACACACAGCUCCAUCACUGAAUUGUUAAUUCACAUCAAUACUUGGUUUCUCUGUAUCUACCCACAAGCAACAAAUAUUUAAAUGUGUGAUCUUACAGGGAAAAUUCUUGUUUUUUGUUUAAACAAGCAUUGAGAAUUAGGUUAAGACAGUCGGUGCCAGAGAACCAGGAGGUUUGGGUUUAAGAGAUUUAUAAAACUUUGCAAGCCAGGUAGGUCACGUGCCGGAACUGGCCAAUGGAAUGCCUUCUCCCGUGACAUUCAUGCAGUGUGUGGAAUCUUCACCAGUCAAGUCCAAGUCAGGAUCUGGAGAUGUAAAAGUCAGUAUUUCUGAUCUAAAAUGUUCUUUUUGCUGAUAAAUGUGAUUUCUACUCAGGACCUGUCUAAAUGAGGAAUUUUUAAAUGUUUAGGGUUUUUUCUAUUUUUUAGACACCUAAUUCUAUAGAUUCUAACUUUUUCUAACCUCUUUUAGACAUGCCAAAUGCUGGCAAAAGGAUUGUUUUUUGAAUGUUGAAGCACUUGUAAGAAUAAAACAGUAAGCAAAAUCCUUUAAACACAGAAAUCCUGAGUUCCUCUUGUUGGUCAGCUCAAGCAAUUCUGUAGCAAAUAAAUCCUUUGAAAGGGCUCCA